ACUCAAGCCGUGCUCGUAUUUAAGUUCUUCUAUGAACAAAGGGAAUAUAUAUAGACAUAUCACCAUCUCUCUCACUCUCUCCCUCUCUCACAUUCAUUGUUGAAUGCUGAUUUUGCCCCGAAGUUCUUUGCUCAUCUUCCGGUUUAACCUCCAUUGAACAACACAACGCACAGAGAUUUCAAAAAAGAAAACAAAAGUUAUUCUCAUAAGUGGAUAAGUCCUUUCAUCAAUCCACUCCAAUAUUUAAGGAAUUCCCUCGCAAGGCCUAAUCUCUCUGUAGAUAAGAGAGAAAUCCAUCACUAAAUCUCGGCUUAACCUUUCAACUUAGUCCCCCACUUACUCUCUCCCAACAUCAACAGCACGUUGUUUGGCCGAAUGGGUUCUCUUCAGUUGUGCGCUUUCUCUUGAACCCAACAACCAAAUUAGCUUUGACUCAUAUUAGUUAUAGCUGAUACAGUCAAUCAGUGUGUUUAUAACCCUUUUUUAACCACAGUUAUAUAUUCAGUUCUUAAACAGAUCAUGGACUGCUUGAGAGAAUUAGAAGGCAAACAUGCUCACGAUCCUCUAUUUGAAAAAAAUAUGAAUAAACCUUCACGUGUAUUUGUCCCUGGUCCAGUUAUUGUUGGUGCUGGUCCUUCAGGCCUAGCCGUGGCAGCUUGUCUCAAAGAAAAAGGUGUCUUAAGUAUGGUACUAGAGAGAUCUAGUUGCAUAGCAUCUUUGUGGCAGUUGAAGACUUAUGACCGCCUACGCCUUCACUUACCAAAACAAUUCUGUGAGCUUCCUCUCACGGGGUUCCCUAGUGAAUUUCCAACUUACCCUACUAAGGAACAAUUUCUUCAUUAUUUGGAGUCAUAUGCACAAAAGUAUGAGAUUGGUCCCCGGUUCAAUGAGACUGUGUCACAUGCCGAAUAUCAUAAAGUUAUUGGGUUUUGGCGCGUGAAGACUGUUGGGAAGAAGCUAGAGGAGACCGAGUAUGUGUGCCGCUGGUUGGUGGUGGCGACCGGAGAGAAUGCGGAGGCGGUGGUGCCAGAGAUUGAUGGAAUGGGAGAAUUUGGAGGGGACAUAAAGCAUACAAGUUAUUACAAAAGUGGAGAAGAGUUUACAGGGAAAAAGGUUUUGGUGGUGGGGUGUGGAAACUCCGGAAUGGAAGUUUGUUUGGAUCUAUGCGAUUAUAGUGCUAAGCCUUCACUUGUUGUUAGAGAUACAGUGCAUGUUCUACCUCGAGAGAUGCUGGGCCAAUCAACUUUCGGGUUGUCCAUGUGGUUGCUCAAGUGGCUGCCUGUGCGCCUUGUCGAUCGGUUCCUUCUGAUAGUGUCGAGGCUAAUGCUCGGUGAUACGGCACGAUUUGGAUUGGACCGGCCGGAAUUAGGUCCCCUUGAACUCAAGAACUUGUCCGGGAAGACCCCGGUAUUAGAUGUUGGGACACUAGCCAAGAUCAAAAGUGGAGACAUUAAGAUAUGUCCAGAAAUUAAGAAGCUAAAACGUCACGCGGUAGAGUUUAUUGAAGGGAAAACGGAGAAUUUUGAUGCUAUUAUCUUAGCGACAGGCUACAAAAGUAAUGUGCCAUCUUGGCUAAAGGAAGGAGAUAUGUUCUCGGAGAAAGACGGAUUUCCUAGAAGACCAUUUCCAAAUGGAUGGAAAGGGGAGUGUGGGCUAUAUGCAGUGGGGUUCACUAAACGUGGAAUAUUAGGAGCCUCAGUGGAUGCUAGAAGAAUAGCUGAAGACAUUGCACGAUGUAGAAACGAAGAAGCUGCACCGAGUGAUCGGUCAGUUUUGAUGAAAACACCACCACCACCACCACCAAGUUUUUCUUGUCUUGAGUUAGAUUUAUCGAGAAAAUGUUGAUGAAGAAUUAUAGCCUAUGAGAGGUUCUUCGGAUGGUAUAUGCCAACAGACACAAUACUGAUCGAUGGUGCCAAAGUUGAUAUGUAUCCUCCCACUGAGGAAAAGAGGAAGAGAAGAAAAAAGGUUGCACAGGAAGAGAGUUUUGCAAGAGAACCCUUAUCCUUCCAAGAUAACACCAACCAAAAUAACCCUUGUGAAGGAGGAAUCUGAGAAGGUUGGUGGUGUUGUUUUGUGGGGGGGCCUCAGCUAUAUCAUGUACAGCUUGUACAAUACAAUUUUUCUCUAAUUAGAUAUGACUUCUAGAGGGAAAAGAAUGAAGAGAGCUAUAGAUUGUUUUGCAUAGGUGAGAUGAUAUGAUUGUGCUUAACCUUUAUUUUGCUUUUCCAUGGGUGGGUUUGGGAUGAGACUUGUUAACAUUAUUCUUAAGUUUUGCUCUAAUGUAUGCUUCAUUUUUUUUUUCCUUUCCUAUUAGGGUUUGUCUUUGGAUGUAUGUCAUGGUGACUUUCGAGAGGGAUUGAUGACUUCUAAUUAUCAAAUCCUUGCAUAUCA